GCGGAAGUCCCGGAUUGAGGCGCCGCCAUUUUUACUGCUCGGACGCGGAGCGAGAAGCUGAGAGUCGGAGACGCUAUCCGCUUCCAUCCGUCGCGCAGACCCUGCCGGAGCCGCUGCCGCUAUGGAUGAUCGGGAGGAUCUGGUGUACCAGGCGAAGCUGGCAGAGCAGGCCGAGCGAUACGACGAAAUGGUGGAAUCAAUGAAGAAAGUAGCAGGAAUGGAUGUGGAGCUUACAGUUGAAGAACGAAACCUUUUAUCCGUUGCAUAUAAAAAUGUGAUUGGAGCCAGAAGAGCAUCCUGGAGAAUAAUCAGCAGCAUUGAACAGAAGGAAGAAAACAAGGGAGGAGAGGACAAACUAAAGAUGAUUCGGGAGUACCGGCAAAUGGUUGAAACUGAGCUCAAAUUAAUCUGUUGUGACAUUCUGGAUGUACUGGACAAACACCUCAUUCCAGCAGCUAACACUGGCGAGUCCAAGGUUUUCUAUUAUAAAAUGAAAGGGGACUACCACAGGUAUCUGGCUGAGUUUGCCACAGGAAAUGACAGGAAGGAGGCCGCAGAAAACAGCCUUGUGGCUUACAAAGCUGCUAGUGACAUUGCCAUGACAGAACUUCCUCCAACGCACCCCAUUCGUUUAGGUCUUGCUCUCAACUUUUCCGUAUUCUACUAUGAAAUUCUUAAUUCCCCUGACCGUGCCUGCAGGUUGGCAAAAGCAGCUUUUGAUGACGCUAUUGCAGAACUGGACACGCUGAGUGAAGAAAGCUAUAAGGAUUCUACACUUAUCAUGCAGCUGCUACGUGAUAACCUGACGCUUUGGACCUCAGACAUGCAGGGCGAUGAUUCCUAAAGGAAAACCCAACUCUUCUUCCUUUAAAACUACUUUGUGAAGAGCAGAAUAAAGAAGCGCUGCAGGAUGUGGAAGAUGAAAAUCAGUGAGACGUACUAAAGCCAACAAGAGAACACAUCUCUGAUCACCCUCCCUCCCCAUCCUCCCCUUGGAAGUUUCCCAUUGUCACUGAGAACCACCAAAUUUGACUUUCACAUUUGGUCUCAGAAUUUAGGUUCCUGCCCUGUUGUUUUUCUUUCUUCCUCUUUUUUUUUCUCCCCUUUUUUAAAAACAAACAGUUUUCAGAAGUUCUUAAAGGCAAGAGUGAAUUUCUGUGGAUUUUACUGGUCCCAGCUUUUAGGUUCUUUACGACACUAACAGGACUGCAUAGAGGCUUUUUCAGCAUUACUGUAUUGUCUCCAGCCACACGGGCAAGAUCAUUAUUAGAAAUGGAAAUGACAUUUGAAAGCCAUUAGACUUCUAGGUGAUGCAUCUAAGAAAGAUUAAUCACAUGAUAGAGGCAUAUGUGCUGUCAUUUUUCCUUUUUUAAUUGUUUAAAUUGAAUUUUAUACCAAUGUUUAAACUUAAUUGGAUAUUAGCUUGAGAUGUUUUGGGGGAGUUUGUUAUAAUGGUUUUGCUGUCAAAUGUGUUUGGAACUCUGCUGAAGUGUUGCUGAAAGGCGUGGUGCUGGUAACAGUUCAACAAUCCGUGGCUGCUCAUUCUUGCCGACUCCUCCCCCUCUGAAGCAGGUUAGCAUUGAAGGUGGUAUGGAAGCCUGCAUGCGUGUUCAACUCUCUUCCUUUCCCCCUCGCUCCUUAGCCUCCUUCCCUCUUCCUCCUCUUCCGCUCGCUCAACCUCUUUUGUUCAGUAUGUGUAACUUGAAGCUAAUUUGUACUACUGGAUGUCUGACUGGAGCCACAGAUGCAGCAUCUGUAUUGUUCUUACUGAAACACAGCAUGGAAUUAACAUUAAACUUAAAUAAAACAAACCUAAAUUAAAAAUGCCAAAUAUAUUACGCCUCCAUCCUUUAUACUUCUAAAAUAAAAUCUUUAGUCCAAACAUACUUGACAUUAUUGUUUGUCUGAAUGUGAAAAUAGUCCCCAUUUUAUCUUCCAUAAAUCAUUUGUUUCCCAAUGAUCUGUAUUUGGGGCAUGGGGAAACUGCUUGUAAUGUGGUGUUGAACAGCCAAGUCAGUAGAUUACAUGUUCUGUCUUUGAAACCAGUUAGCAACAUAGUAUUUAUGUUUAAGUUUAUCAU